CUAGUUUGUGACGCUAACAGGGAACGUGACGUGUAUCUGUUUACGAGCCUCGCCUCUCCUAGACGUCUUCAGCUUCCUCUUGCAUUCCAUUGGGUGCAAUACUUGUUACUGCCCCGAGUGCCAGUAUGGCACACAUACCCUCGGUUGUGUCUCCUGCAAUCCUUGUGGACACCUCUCCCGACACAUUGGGCCUAUCAGAGGACCGCACGCGCAGCAGCAAGGCGAAGCGCUUGUCAAACUCUAUGGAGAAGACCGUUAACAAGCUCGGGCGCAGUCUGAGCGCGCGUACACCGCCGUCCGGCUCCCCUUCCAAGGGUGCAAGUGGGACGUCAUCACAGACAACGUCACCCAAGCAUCGCCGUAUAUUCAGCCUGAGCCGUAAGGCAGGUCCAGGGAGCGGUCGAAAGGGCAAGGAGCGAGAGGAGGAUCCAAAUGAUUCCUACUCUUCGUCUGCUGCUAGCACUCCAAGCGCAUCCCAGCCAGCUUCACCGAGGGGAGCUCCUGAUCAGCUCAAUGACGACUCUCCCUUCAUCACCCCACCCUCUCCCUCGCUUAAACCGACUCGUCCCACCUUCAAUCUCAAUGACUCGUUUCGUGGUGGAGGCUCCAUGCGUGCCGGAACGCAAACGCUCAUUCAGGCACUGCAAGCUGUACCAUGGAUGGAAGCUGACGAAGACGCAGAUGGAGAUGUUCUACCGUCUCUCGGUUCUAUACCCGAUUCCGAUAGUGAAGAGGAGAGGCCCAAGGGACCCGAUCGCCUCGCCUCAUCCAUCCACACAAUAUAUCGUUCCCAGCGCUCUACAGCUCUGAGCGGUCGGAGGAAAGGGCUGCCAUCCUACAACCAGUCGACUCUGAGCGAGGAGGAAGCCACAUCCGAUACACCGGACUCUUCGGAGGAGCCGGACGUAGAAGAUUUCGAACCGGAUACCACACCACGACCGCCCUACGCCGAACGACCGUUACGUUUACAUGAGCGUUUGCAGCUCAGCAACUCUGCACCGAUCCCGCCUAGCAUGCUGCGGACCGGAAGCGUGGCGACUGUGAAGUUGCAGAGGAGAGCACGACUGGCACAGAAGCUGAGGCAGAUCUUUGAAUUGGACACGAUCGACGAAGUGGUGUCUGAGCUACCGUGUUGGCUGUUGCGCUCAGUCCUGCUGCAAGGAUUCAUGUACUUGACGAACUCAUAUCUCUGCUUCUUUGCACACGUCCCAGCGAGAGAGGACCAAGUUCUGAAAUCGGGCUCUCUGAACAAGAAAGCGCAGCGCACGAAGCGAUGGGUCAAGCACUGGUUUGUGCUGAAGAACGAUGCUCUCUCCUGGUACCAGUCUUCUUCCGAUCCGUAUUUCCCGCAUGGCAUUCUUGAUCUGCGAUGGGCGAUGGGCUGUGACGCGAUCAAUGAUCGGGAUUUCCAGGUGCGAACGAACGCGAAGACGAUCGUUUUGUCUGCACCCUCUGCACCGAGUCGCGACGAAUGGGUCAAGGCGAUUCGCAAAGUCAUCUUCAAGGCUCAGAACACAGGGGACAGUGUGAAGAUUGCCAUUCCCUAUUCUGCCAUCCUGGAUGUCGACAAAUCGACUGCCAUGGACUUCAGUGAGACGAUCGAAGUCAAGGUGUUCGACAAGGAGGGCCAGUUCUCGAUCGACUCGUACUUCUUCGCGUACUUCAGCGACUUGACGACGGCGCUGGACCAGAUUCGUGAUGCAGUGCGGACCCACCGUCUUCUACCUGAGCAAGGCUCGCCGCAGGCUCUGAUGGACACGACCUCACCGCGGCAUCCGGAGCGGGUGCAGAGCAUGCCUGAUACCACUCAGACACCUCCACGAGUGAUCCCGUCGUUCAGCAUCUCGUCGCUGCUGCGGCCAUUCCAGGAAGGGAUCUCACUCGGACGGCCGACGGUAUCGGCCCCAGCGUCUGAGCCGGAAGCAUUCACGCACAUUUCGAAACGCGCUGGGUCGUUCGUGCCGACGGCUUCACCGGUCUCCGAACCCGGGCCGGAGGCCACCGCCAACAGUGGACAUGAACACACGUACCCUCCGUCCCCUUCUCCGUGCCGCGAUGGAACUGACCCGUCGUUGAAUAGCGAGAGCAGUGCUAGCGGGUGGAGCAUGGGCAUGGGAGUGCCGUCCUGGCUGCGUGGUCCGCGGAGAGUCUUCGGAGGCAGCUCCUCUGACCCGUCGGCCGUGAGAGAGGUCUAUUCCACGUCGCUGCCGGCUGUGCCCACGAGCAGGGGCAGCGGGCUGGGGGAUCUCGCAUUCAGUGUGCUGGAGACACCAGACGGCGCACCCGAUCCGGAGAUGCAGGACAAGUUCAGGACUGUUUUUGCGUAUGACGAGAAGGAGACUCUCCUCGGAUAUUUCCCCGGCUACUUAUUCCGGCUUCUCCCGGUCCCUGGCCGGCUGUAUAUCUCGACUAAUUAUUUCUGCUUCAAGUCGACUGGACCGCUCACUGCAAAGACCCGCAUGACGCUUCCGAUCCGCGACAUUCUGUCUGCAGAGAAGACGAAAGCCACCCGAUUCGGCCACCAUGGGCUGAUCAUUAUUGUCAAAGGCCACGAAGAACUGUUCUUCGAGUUCGGUGGGGAAGACAAACGCGAGGCUUUCCGGACCUUGCUCGAGCGCCAGAUGGACGACGCGCGAAGGAGACAGGCCUUCGGGGACAAGGUCUCACCUGGCAAACGCGAUGCGCUGAUUCUGGAAGAGUUUGGGCCUGAAAGCUCGAUCAGCAACCUUCCCACGGGCGAAAGCAUGUCCGAUUCGCUGCCGGCGCUGAUGUUCACGAGCGCAUCGUCGACUUUCCUGACGUUCAAACCGCGGCGCAGUCUCCAUUUCACGUUCCUGACGAUUGGAUCCCGGGGUGAUGUGCAACCGUACAUUGCACUGUCGAAGGGCCUGAUGGCAGAUGGGCAUCGUUGUCGGAUUGCGACUCAUGGUGAAUUCCAGGACUGGAUCGAAGCGCACGGGAUCGAAUUCGGGAAUGUGGGCGGAGACCCUGCUGAGCUGAUGCGCAUCUGCAUCGAGAACGGGACGUUCACCGUUUCGUUCCUGAAGGAGGGUCUGCAGAAGUUCCGGGGAUGGUUGGACGAUCUGCUGCUCAAGUCGUGGGAUGCCUGCCAAGGCACGGACGUGCUCAUCGAGAGUCCGAGUGCGAUGGGGGGAUAUCACAUUGCCGAGGCGCUGGCUAUCCCGUACUUCCGGGCGUUCACCAUGACCUGGACGCGCACCAGGGCUUAUCCACACGCAUUCGCUGUGCCAGAGCGCAAGAUGGGCGGGGGCUACAACUAUAUGACCUAUGUCAUGUUUGACCAGGUGUUCUGGCGGGCCAUUUCGGGACAAAUCAAUCGCUGGCGGCGCAAUACACUGAAUCUGGGUAGCACAAAUCUAGACAAGAUGGAGCCCCACAAGAUUCCUUUCCUUUACAACUUCAGCCCUCAUAUCGUGCCUCCUCCGUUGGACUGGCCAGAGUGGAUUCGGGUGACUGGGUAUUGGAUUCUCGAGGAGGCCGACGUCAGUGCGAAGAAAUGGACACCGCCAGCCGAUCUUGUUUCGUUUAUCGACAACGCCCAUGCGGAGGGAAAGAAAGUGGUCUACAUCGGCUUUGGAAGCAUCAUUGUAUCGGAUCCCAAAGCCAUGACUCGUUGCGUCGUCGAUGCUGUCUUGCGCAGUGGCGUGCGAGCGAUCCUUUCCAAAGGCUGGUCUGAUCGGCUGCAAGACAAGGAUGCGUCCGAGCCCGAAGAACCUCUGCCGAAGGAGAUUUAUCCGAUCUCCUCGAUUCCGCAUGACUGGCUGUUCAAACGGAUCGAUGCUGCUUGUCAUCACGGUGGGGCCGGCACGACUGGAGCCAGCCUGCGCGCUGGGAUCCCGACGAUCAUCCGCCCGUUCUUCGGGGACCAGUUCUUCUGGGCAGACCGGGUCGAGGCCCUUGGUGUGGGGACAGGUGUGAGGAAGCUGACCGUCGAGACGCUGACGGACGCGCUCGUCUCUGCGACGACGGACAUCAAGCAAGUUGACCGUGCGCGCCUGAUGGGCGAGAAUAUCCGGGGCGAAGAUGGCGUGGCGACGGCCAUCGAGUCGAUCUACCGGGACAUGGAAUAUGCGCGGUCGCUGAUCAAGCGCGCUGCGGACUCGGACGAAGACACGGAGGACCCCGAGCACUCGACGAUCCGCAAGAGCCAGUCGGGGUACAGCUCGAGUGGGUCGGCACCCGCCGGCAGCGAGGACUGGAGCGUGAUCUCCGACUACGAGACCCGGCGGAUGUCGGUCAGCUCACAGCACAGCGAGGUGCCUCGGGAGCGAGAACGGGAGCGGCCGUCGAAGCGGAACAGCCUGGCUGCUGCUGUGACGGGGGUCAUGUCUGUGCUGCCCUCUUCUUCACGACGACAACGCACUGUUUCGACAGGCAACGACACGCCGAGCUAA